AUGUCUCCCUCCGCCGUAUCGCCUCCGCCUUUCUUAGGAGGUUGUCGAGCUCGUCCGCUGACCAAACCCCCCUUUUUGCUUAACCUAGCCGUCAUUUAUAUCAAACACCGCGUCAAUCGUGCCUGGUAUCAGAGCGAACAGUAUUCUACUGAAUACAUAAUACCCGAAGAUGAGAAGGCUCGCGUUCGAGACCGCUUGGUUCCGCUCCUGGCCGCCUCCGAUGGCGCUGUGCGCCAGCAGCUCAUUCCUGUUCUCCAACGCGUCCUGCAAUGCGACUUUCCCAGCAGAUGGCCGCGAUUUAUGGACUUCACUACCGAGCUAUUAAACACGAAUACCCCUAGUUCCGUCCUCGCCGGCCUUCAGUGUCUACUUGCCAUUUGCCGUGCUUUCAGAUACAAGUCAAAUGACACCCAUGACCGCGCACAGUUCGAUACCAUUGUUGAGAACAGCUUCCCACGCUUGCUUGCUAUUUGCAAUGAGCUGGUGAAUCAGGAAAGUGAUGAAGCCGGCGAGAUGCUUCACCUGGCUCUCAAGUCCUACAAGCAUGCCACAUGGCUCGAGCUCUCCAGCCACUUGCGACAACAGCAGGUCAAUAUUGCAUGGUGUACCGUGUUCCUCCAGACCGUAUCCAAGGCUGCACCUGCCAAUGCCAUGCAAGGCGAUUCCUUUGAUCGCGAGAAGCAUCACUGGUGGAAGGCGAAGAAGUGGGCCUUUUUUAAUCUCAAUAGACUGUUCAUCAGACAUGGAAACCCUGCCAGUCCUGGAAAGGGCGAUGAGGCUGCACAAUUUGCCAAGAACUUCAUUGGCACUAUUGCCCCCGAAAUUCUGAAGCACUAUCUCCAGGAAAUCGAGAAAUGGGUGGCCAAGACAUCUUGGCUCAGCCGACCUUGUCUUUCAUACGUUAUCGUAUUUCUGGACGAAUCUGUCCGCCCGAAGGAAAUGUGGACUCACCUCAAAGCCCAUCUUACCAACCUUGUGACGCACUUCAUCUUCCCUGUCAUGUGUCUCUCCGAGGAAGAUGCCGAACAAUUCGACGACGAACCCGAGGAAUACUUGCACCGCAAGCUCAACUACUUCGAGGAAGCAUCUGCUCCUGAUGUGGCCGCCACCAACUUCCUGGUCAACUUGACCAAAAACCGCCGAAAGGAAACGUUUGAAAUUCUCAAAUUUGUUAACGCCGUUGUCAAUGAGUACGAGCAAGCACCUGACGACAAGAAGAACCACAUGGCCAAGGAGGGAGCCUUGCGCAUGAUUGCUACCCUUGCGCCCGUUAUCCUGAGCAAAAAGAGCCCCAUUGCUGACCAGGUUGAGUACUUUCUCGUCCGAUAUGUGUUUCCUGAUUUUACAAGCAGCCAGGGCUAUCUCCGCGCUCGAGCGUGCGACACCAUCGAGAAAUUUGAGCAGCUCAACUUCCAGGAUCAGAAUAACCUGUUGACGAUAUAUCGACACAUCUUGGAUUGCAUGGCAGAUCCCGCUCUCCCUGUUCGUGUUACUGCGGCCUUGGCGCUGCAGCCUCUCAUCAGACACGAUGUCAUUCGCUCUAGCAUGCAACAAAGUAUUCCUACCAUUAUGCAGCAGCUUCUCAAGCUAGCCAACGAAGUCGACAUUGAUGCGCUGGCAAACGUCAUGGAGGAUUUCGUUGAGAUUUUUGCCACUGAACUCACUCCAUUUGCUGUUGCGCUGUGCGAGCAACUCCGCGACACCUACCUUCGCAUUGUCCGUGAGCUUCUCGAAAAGGAGAGCAAGGCCGGUGAAGAUGGCGAGUUGUAUGCAGACUAUGACGAUAAGAGCAUUACCGCUCUUGGUGUUUUGCAAACAAUUGGCACCUUAAUCCUCACUCUGGAAAGCACCCCUGAUGUUCUUCUUCAUAUUGAGGCCGUCCUUAUGCCUGUGAUCAAAGUCACUCUAGAGAACAAGCUUUAUGAUCUGUACAAUGAAGUUUUUGAAAUCAUUGAUAGCUGCACAUUUGCUGCCAAGGGCAUCUCGCCCAACAUGUGGCAAGCUUUCGAGCUCAUUCACACCACAUUCAAGGCUGGUGCCGAAUACUACUUGGAGGAUAUGCUUCCCGCAUUGGACAAUUUUGUUCAAUACGGCACACCGCAGUUAAUCCAGAAACCAGAGUAUAUCCAGGCCCUGUAUUCAAUGGUGGCUGAUAUGUUCACCGACCAAGUUCAAGGCGGCGUUGAACGAAUUUGCGCCUGCAAGCUCGCCGAGGCUAUGAUGCUUAGCCUCCGAGGACAUAUCGACAGCUGUGUUGAAGGCUUCAUUAACAUGGCCAUGGGCAUAUUGGCAACCCAGGAAGUGAAGAUCAAGAGCUACAAGAUUCAUCUUAUGGAAAUGGUCAUCAACUCUAUUCACUAUAACCCACUGCUGACCCUCCAGGUGCUCGAAAAUAAGGGCUGGACAAAUCGCUUCUUCAGCUUGUGGUUUGGUAGCAUGACGUCUUUCAGCCGCGUACAUGACAAGAAGCUCUGCAUUGUCGCAAUCUCUGCUCUCCUGGGUGUCAGUCAUGAGCAGGUUCCGGCAAGUGUGUCUGUUGGUUGGCCACGCUUGCUUCAGGGGAUUACAGAAUUGUUCCGAACUUUGCCCAAUGCUAUGAAGAACCGUGAAGAAGCUUUGCGCGAUGAUUUCCAUCUCGAGACAACCUACGACUACGGCGAAGAGGAUGAAUGGGACGACAACGAGGCCAACUGGAAUGGCGAAGGGGAAGAGAACAACGAGGAAGAGCCUGUUGAAUCUAAGGACGAGAGCAAGGCGUACCUGGAGUUCUUGAAUGAUGAGGCCCAGAAGUAUAGUCGCGCGAUUGAGGAUGACGACGAUGAGCUGGGUGAGGAUAGUGUUCUGCUCGACUCUCCUCUGGACAAGGUCGAACCUUACCAGUUGUUCAAGGCCACUCUUCUAAAAAUGCAACAAGAACAGCCUCAAUUCUACAGCAGCCUUGCUAGUCAUCUUUCAGCCGAGGAACAAAACCUGCUUCAGACGAUUAUGGUGAAGGCUGACGAGGUGGCGGCCCAGCAGGCGCAACAAGCCCAGCAGGAACAGUUGUUGGCUCAGCAGCAGGCGCAAGCUGUUGUUGGCGCUACGGCGAGUUAA